AUGGAGCCAAUUUCAGGCGUAGAAAUCCACAAAUGUGACAUAACAUCUGAUGAAUUCAUUACCAAAAUGAAGGAGUGUGAAAUAGAGACAGUCAUAUGCGAUGGUGCACCAGAUGUAACUGGAUACUACGAAAUAGAUCUCCAUGCACAAAUUGGGCUUCUGAUUUCAGCUCUAACAAUUGCAGUAUCAGUCCAUGGGAAUUCAACCAGCACAUUUGUAUCAAAAAUAUUCAAGGGAAACCUGACAAAAUACGUCACAAAUCAUUUCAGAAAAUACUACAAGAGAGUUCUACUCACCAAACCACGAGCAAGUAGAGCAGAGAGCGAUGAGGCAUUCGUAAUCUGCACUGAUCUAUACAAUUGUGAUAUCACAAAUGUGAGUGAAAUUGAUUACAGCCUGAACUUGGAAAAUGAGCCAUUGGAAGUCUGUGGAUACGAUAAUGAAUACUUUAUUGAGGAGUACAACCCUAAAUAA